AUGGGGGAGGGGUGCCCCAGCCUCCUCUUCCUCCCUCCCUCCUCCCUCCUGCUCCCUCCUCCUCCUCCCUCCCACCUUGCCUCCAUGUCUCUGUACACACGUUCCCUGGCUCACUCGGACACCGGCUAUCAGCACCUCCUGACGGCCACCUCCUCGCCACAGUCUGCAUCUGACAGCAGCCUCUUUUCUCUAUCCUGUCGUCAUUGUGUCGCCCCCUGCCAGAGGAGAACCAUGAACAUAAUGGAGGACAAAGAGGAGCGAAGGCUGGACUUCAAACACUUGCUUAAGAAGAACUGGCUGCUUAUAGCUACAGUUGUGUCAGUGCUGCUUGGGAUCAGCUUGGGACUUGUUGUCCGAGAGUACGCGCCGCUGUCUCACCUGGAAAAGCAGUAUUUUGGAUUCCCUGGAGAAAUCCUGAUGCGGAUGCUGAAACUGGUCAUUCUCCCUCUCAUCAUAUCCAGCAUGAUCACAGGUGUCGCUGCUCUCGAUUCUGAAGUUUCGGGGAAAAUUGGUCUGCGGGCGGUUGUUUAUUACUUCACAACAACCAUCAUUGCUGUUAUCUUGGGAAUCAUUUUGGUGAUGACCAUAAAACCAGGGGUGUCUCAAACUGCGGACCACAUCGACAGAGCCGGGACCACCCCUGACGUCACCACAGUGGACACGCUGCUGGACCUCGUCAGAAACAUGUUCCCUGAGAAUCUGGUGCAGGCGUGCUUCCAACAGUACAAGACCAAGCGUAAAGAGCUGGAAGCUGUAAAACUGGUGACCAACGUAACCACGACAAUACCCCCGCUGACCACGACCAUCAUGGCGGUGGUCCAGAAUAUCACCAAAGACUACAAACUGGUGGGAUCCUACUCGGACGGCAUCAACGUACUGGGUCUGAUCGUGUUCUGCGUGGCGUUCGGGUUGGUGAUCGGGAAGAUGGGUGAGAAGGGGCGGAUCCUGCUGGAGUUCUUUGAUGCCCUGAACGAAGCCACGAUGAAGCUGGUGCAUAUCAUCAUGUGCUACAUGCCAGUGGGUAUCCUGUUCCUCAUCGCGGCCAAGAUCGUCGAAGUAGAAGACUGGGAGAUCUUCAAGAAGAUGGGGCUGUACAUGGUGACGGUCCUCAGUGGCCUGGCCAUCCAUUCUCUGGUCUGCCUGCCGCUCAUCUACUUCAUCAUCGUGAGAAAGAACCCGUUCACCUUCACGUUGGGCAUGGCUCAGGCUCUGGUCACAGCACUGAUGAUCUCCUCCAGUUCUGCCACUCUGCCCGUGACCUUCCGAUGCGCCGAGGAGAACAACCGGAUAGACAAGCGCAUCACCCGCUUCGUGCUCCCCGUGGGCGCCACCAUCAACAUGGACGGCACGGCGCUGUACGAGGCGGUGGCGGCCAUCUUUAUCGCGCAGCUCAACAACUACCCGCUGGAUGUGGGUCAGAUCGUCACCAUCAGCAUAACGGCUACAGUGGCCAGCAUCGGAGCAGCCGGAGUUCCAAACGCCGGCCUUGUCACCAUGGUGAUCGUUCUGACCGCUGUGGGACUGCCCGCCAGUGAUGUCACUCUAAUCGUAGCCGUUGAUUGGCUGCUGGACCGCUUCCGCACCAUGAUCAACGUACUGGGCGACGCCUACGGAGCCGGGAUCGUGCAGAAGCUGUCCAAGAGGGAGCUGGAGAGGAUGGACCUGGUGUCGGACGUGGAUGUGGCCAACCCUUUCGCUCUGGAGACCACUUUAGAUGACGAGGAGUGCGAGAAAAAAUCGUACGUGAACGGCGGCUUCACUGUGGACAAGACUGACGCCAUCUCCUUCACUGAAACCUCCCAGUUUUAG